AUUUUUGGAGAUUGCUCGCAAAAACUUCACCGAACCGGAAAUCUAGGAGCUCGAUGAAACGACAUUUUAAUGGACAUCUGUUCUAAAACGGUUUUUGAAAUUAAAAAACCCAUUAUUCUCACGAAAAUUUGGACCAAGCGCGUAAAACGAAACAUAAACAACCCUCCCUCGUACAAGCGCCGUUGCCACGUUGUCACGCUAUGAAAGUGCAUUUCUUGCUGACCGUAUCGCCGUUAGGGUAGGGAGCACUUGUAAUUUUAUGAACCAUGCUCAAUGAAAUAGAAUUUAUUUACUUUUCUUAAACUUAAAAAUGUUAUUGAACGUGUGUUAUUAAUCGUUCGAAAACCGCCGCACCGGUGCCGGCAACAUUGGCCCGUGUCGUAGAAACGUAAACAAUGCCAUCUGGCGUGAUCAUAACGCCCCGAAACCAACCGCCCCGAAUCGAGUCGGCCGCGCUUCGCGACCGAGCUUCCCUCUGGGCGGCCGCGUCGCGUACUUCACACGUCACCAGAUCAAAACCCACGCGGAGGGUUGCCUCGCAGCCGCCACCGCCGUCGACGACGAGGAGAUCCGCGUCGAAGAUGGGCCAAGCCGGGCCGACGAUGGCUGAGUCAGCAGCGCCCCGAGUAUUCUGCGUGUAAUAAUUCUGCAGCCGCGGCUCGCUGGCAGUGUUCCUUGGGAUCGUGGACGGGUAACAACGCGAUGUCUCUCUUGCGGCGUUCCGUCUGUCUCCGUGCCAGUUGAGUGUCUGUGCGUCUGACGUCCUUGUUCUGUCCUACAGAUAACGUGAGACGCGGCGAGGGCGAUGUCGACGCCGCCGACGCCCGCCCAUCGAUCGGGCGCCGUCGAAGAAGAAGCGUCCACGUCGGUCGACGCCGCGCGUCCGCAGCAAGACCAAGACGACCUGCCCGAUUGCAAGGUGAGACGUAACUACACGUGCUCCGGUUGCGACUUCUUCACGCAAAACCCCCGCGUGUUUCUCUACCACCUGCGCGACGUGCACAAGGAAAAGGUGCGCAUCUACGAGUGUCCGCAUUGUCUCUACGCGUCGAAGCACUUCCAAAAACUGCUCCGCCACGCGAAGAUGGUACACGGCGAUGACGUCGACGUCGACGCCGCGCCGUCGUCGUCGCUCAAACGACCCGAAGAAAAUCGACGACGGCGUCGCGACGACGAAGGCGACGACGGACAAGAAGAAUCGGCCACGUCAUUCGGGUGUUCGGUGUGCGAUUACACAUCGUCGAGUCGCACGCAGUUGAGCAGACACGAACGCGAAUACCACAUCAAGACGAAGUUUUUCCGAUGCUCGAAGUGCACGUACGUGACGCACAUCAAGGCCAGGUACACGAAACACGUCAAGUACCAUUCGAUGCCGAUGAUCAAGUGCGACAUGUGCGACUUUCGCACCCCGUACAAGUGGAACCUGGACCGCCACUGCAAGAACCACAACGGCAGGGGCGUUUUUCGAUGUACCGCGUGCAAUUUCACCGCGGAUAUCAAGCAGAGCUUGACGGUGCACGAGAUGAAUCAUCACACGCCGCCGGUGGGUCAGGCGGCGGGCCUGGCGGCCGCCCGACGCCGCAAUAAGGUGGGCGGGAGCGACGCCGCCGACGAAGACGCCGUCGCCGUCGUCGUCGCGGAAGACGACCGGCCCGAAGAGGCGACGCCGCGUCGACUUCCCUCAGAUGACGUCCCGAUGGCCAAGCACCACGACAAACUCAAGAAAGCGUCGAGACCGGUGCCCAACCUCAUCCCCAUACCUUCGAAGGGCGUGUCCGCGACGAUGAGCCAGGCGGUCAUCAACGACAUCUGCUCCAAGUCGGCCAACAGUUCCUUAAAGGACCUCGCGUCCCUCUUCGGCAGCGAGGACGUAUUCAAAAGGGACCCCCAGCAGCAGCCCAAGGUGGUACCCGACCUCAUCCCUGCCGCGCGUGCCGACUUCAAGCAGAAAAACGCGUCGUUCUUCGACAAGCUCAAGGAGAAGCUCGAGUUGGGAGGCGGUACCUCCGCGUCGAACCUCAUUUGCAAUCUGUGCGGCCACGAGAGCAAGUGCCUCACGGAACACGUGAGGCAUCAGAACGCGUGCGGCAACGAACCUAGGAGCUGCGGCGUGCGGAACCCGCCCCGCCUCUCGAACCUGGGCGGUUCGAGUAGGUGCCAGUACUGCAGGCAACGUUGCAAAUCGACCGCAGACCUCUACAAUCACGUGAUGACGUGCGCGGAAGCUCUAAGAUCCGUCGAGGAGGAAGACUUGAAGCUCGAGCCCGUGUCCGAAUUGAAGAUCGAAGACGUGGAGGAAGAACAAGAGGAGGUAACGGAGGAAGCGGCAAAACAGCCGCACCCGAUGGAGAACAAAGUGUUCGUGUGGAAUGAUAUCGUGGUGCCGAUGGACCUCGAGGUGGACGACUCGAAUUACGAGUACACGGACGACAGGGGCGACGAGACGUCGCUCGAUCUCUCUAUAAGGACCCAGGUGCCGGAGAACAACAACAACAACAAUAUGGUGAAAAACCACGCUACGGAGAAGGUGGCGACCCACGGCAACGACAUCAGCACCGCGCAGCACAAGCGGGUGUUCAAGUGUCCUCACUGCACCUUCUGGGCGUCCACCGCGUCCAGGUUCCACGUCCAUAUCGUCGGCCAUCUCAACAAGAAACCGUUCGAGUGUUCUUUGUGCUCGUACCGAUCGAACUGGCGCUGGGACAUCACCAAACACAUCAAGCUGAAGUCGGUGAGGGACCAGGCGCACGAAUCGGCCCGGGUACUGAUGACGGACGAGACGGGCAGACGAAACUACACCAAGUACAACAAGUACCUGACGGAGAUACCGUUGAGCAGUUUGCAUUUGUCGUCGGAGACGAGCGGCGGCUGCGGCACCAGGCCAAGGCACCUGGAGAAGGUGCCGUCGUCGCCGACGAGGUCGGAGAAGAGGGCAGGGUCGCCGGUGGAAGCGGCGAAGGGCGCCGCGACGACGACGGAGAGGAAGAGGUCGUCGGACGCCAAGAGGAUACUGUUCAAGUGCAAGAGGUGCAACUACAGGGACGCCUCAAAGGAGAACCUGCACCAGCACGUCAAGGAGCACUUCAAAGAGCAGUACAAACAGCAGCAGCAGCAGCAGCAGCAGCAACGUCAGUCAGACAACGAGCAGUACUAUCGGAGCGAGGCGUUCACGCCAUGCGAGGACGGCCUUGUUCCCGGCACCUCGGCCUCAUAUUCAUCGCAGGAUCUAAGUUUAAGGGGUACGAGUCCCGAUAGAGACGAGGCAAGUGUAAAUAACAGCAUAGCGACGAAGGGUGUUCCACAACAAGCACCCUUUCGUUGCGGCCACUGUAAUCAGGUCUCUAACUGGAAGCAUGUCAUUCAGCGCCACUGCCGGCUAAAGCACAGUGGGGACAUAAGGGUCGUAAGCAAUAGGAACGGACACGAGAAGCUGGAGGUUGACGAGCAGCAGCGGCUGCAGUCGGAAUCGUCUUGCCCAUCGCCUCCGCCAGAUCCUAAAACCGAACACGCGUGUUCCCGCUGCGCGUAUACCGCUGCCGGAGAUCGUUUGCUGCGCGAGCACUCCAAAGUCCACGACGAUGCCGCGUCGUUCAACGAGCCACCGCUGGUGUGGGUGUCGCGCGACGGCAAGUUUUCGAAAAUGUUCAAGUGCCGCCGUUGCCCGCACGUGAACGUACGCAAAGUGAACGUGCUCGAGCACGAAAAGAUGCACGGCGACGGGACGGACGAGCACCGUUGCGCCGAGUGCGACUACGUGUGCAACAACGCCGGCGUGUUGUCAUCGCACGCGAAAGUACACAGGGGCGUCGCGGGCACCGUUCACCGUCUCGUUGACCCGGGACGGAGCGACGACGAGCAGCUGCGCGAGCUACGCGACACUAUGGAGGCGCAGCUCCGGUUUUGCGGCGAGUGCCCCGCGCGGUUCCUCAAACGCGCCGAGUUCGACAUCCAUGAGACGCUGCACGGGGCCCCCUACACUUACAAGUGCCCCCUGUGCACGUACGCCGCCCAAGACGAAUCGUACCUGCAGACGCACGCGAACGUCCACGGCGACGAUUAUCAGCGACGUUCGGACGCCCUCUGCGAGCGCCACGACGUCUGCGCGGAUCACCCGAGACCCCAGACGCGACGCGUCGGCGCCUAUGUCGUCGUCGUCGCUAGAGAAUCGCCGGCGGACGUACCCCUAUCGGGCACGGAACUGUUUCGAAGACGCGAGGCUCUCGCCGCCGGAAAUCCCGAUUUCGUGUACGGGACGUGCGUGAAAAACGGCCGCGCGAAAGAGAAACGUUACAAGUGCCACAAGUGUCCGACCGCGUUCGAGAAACGCGAACAGUACAGGGUCCAUUUGGGGCUGCACGGCGCGAAGCAGCGUUACAGUUGCGACUCGUGCGACUACUCGGUCAAGUACUACGCCAAUUAUGUGCAGCACGUGAAAAAGCACAGAACGAGCGACGAGGCGGUGCAGCGGCGGGCCGAACUGCCGAAGGCCGUCGCGCCAAAAGUGUUUUGGUGCGCGAGUUGCCCGUACGCGAGCGGCCGCAAGGAUGCGGUCGAAAACCAUCGGAAGAGGCACGGAUCGGCGAGCGCCUACGCGUGCGAGCACUGCGACUAUUCGGCGCCUCAGGCGCACUUUUUGCGCGAUCACGCGCGGCUGCACUUCGCGCCGCGCGACGCCGGCCCCGCCCCCGACGCGUACAUGGCGUGCGACGGUCUGAGGUUGACGACGGACGCGGGGUUGGUGUUUUCCGGGACGGAGGGGGCGGAGUGCGCGCCCCCCGUCGCCGACGACGUCGCGGAACGGUUCAACAAUAACGCGGGCGAGAGGCGGAGCGUCGUCGACUCGAACUAACCAAAAAAAAAAAAAACGGUUUGCCUUCUACACGUAGACUGUCAUAGAGUAUUUUUUAAACGAAAAGUAUUUUCACACACACACACACAUACACCCACGUUUAACCGCACGUCGCGCCAUUUUUUUUCCCGUAGCGUAUACUUACCCAGCCGUAGUCGUUAGUGAUGUUACCCGCUAAUAUUUUUACGUUACAGAGUAUUAUUUUAUUUUUCAAGUUGUUUGUGGGCAGGGGGGUCUUAACGCCAAAGCAUUUAAUGCCAAAAUUUGCCAUACUUAUGUUGUUGUUUAUUGUUUUCACACAAAUAUAUAAUUUAUCGAGGCGCGUUUUCAUUUUCCCC